UGCCACUGGCCGGGCUACUUCCGGCAGCGCGAUGGCUGGGUUCCCGGGAUUCGAACGGAAGUUCCGGCGGGGGCGUCCGAGGGGGACGAGUGUGUCUGUGCCGGAGAAAGGGGAGCAUCGCUCGAGUGGUCUCGGAAGCCCUUGGGAGUGAGGCCCAGCCUGCAGGAAGCCCUGCAGUGUAUGUGUGGUAACACAAUGUCUGUGCCCCUGCUCACUGACGCUGCCACCGUGUCUGGAGCUGAGCGGGAAACGGCUGCGGUUAUUUUUUUACAUGGACUUGGAGACACAGGGCACAGCUGGGCUGACGCCCUCUCCACCAUCCGGCUUCCUCACGUCAAGUACAUCUGUCCCCAUGCGCCCAGGAUCCCUGUGACACUCAACAUGAAGAUGGUGAUGCCUUCCUGGUUUGACCUGAUGGGGCUGAGUCCAGAUGCCCCAGAGGAUGAGGCUGGCAUUAAGAAGGCAGCGGAGAACAUCAAGGCCUUGAUUGAACAUGAGAUGAAGAAUGGAAUCCCUGCCAAUCGAAUUGUCCUGGGUGGCUUUUCACAGGGUGGGGCCCUGUCCCUCUACACAGCCCUCACCUGUCCCCAUCCUCUGGCUGGCAUCGUGGCAUUGAGCUGUUGGCUGCCUCUGCAUCGGAAUUUCCCCCAGGCAGCCAAUGGCAGUGCCAAGGACCUGGCCAUUCUUCAAUGCCAUGGGGAGCUGGACCCCAUGGUGCCUGUGCGGUUUGGAGCCCUGACAGCUGAGAAGCUCCGGUCUGUUGUCACACCUGCCAGGGUUCAGUUCAAGACAUACCCAGGUGUCAUGCACAGCUCCUGUCCUCAGGAAAUGGCAGCUGUGAAGGAAUUUUUGGAGAAGCUUCUGCCUCCCGUCUAAUCCAUUGCUGGCCCCCAGUGCAGUCCCUCAGUUCACAGGGGACCCAGCAAGCAAGCACGGCACCAUCUUGGAUCUGAGCCGGUCGAGCCCCUGCCCCCUUUUUCCUACCCUGUCCUCUUCCCACAGGCCUCUGGGGCAGGUGGCCGAGGCUGGCCAGGCCUUCCCUGCUGACCUCGGCCAUCUGGCAGUCAACAGCAGGGAUGGACUGCUUCCUUACCCUACACCCCCAGAGGCGGGCCCCUGGCAGCAGUAUUGGAGGGGCCAUAGGCAGCGGGAGAAAGGGGCCCAGCCGCUGACCCACUCACUCAGGACCUCAUUCACUAGCCCCGCUUUGGGCCCCCUCCUGCGACCUCAGGGUUUGGCCCGUGGGGCCCUCCUGGGUUCCCACCCCAGUGAUUCUGCCCGGAUAAUCGCGUCUCUCCUGGCUCACUGCAGCUGCUUUUCAGUCAUGAAUGUGUCGGUGUCCAUGGCCCAGGGCCCCUUGCUGCUGUGGGCUGCCCUCCCCUGGGCAGGCAUGUCGGUGAGGAGGAAGAGUCCUUCAGGGCCUCCCCUCAGCCGUUCCCUCCCCCUUGGGGCUGGGCCCUACCUCCCUGUGGCCCUUCCUUGCAGGCCUGGAGCCUGCAGGACUGGAUUGAGGUUCAGGGGCCCUCUGCCCCUGCUGUCUCACCCUCACUAUGUUCCCACUCUAGGGCCAGGGAGGUGGUGGGGGAGGAGUUGUGUCUCGUCUUCUGUCUCCAUGUGGUUUUGGGUGUUUUUCUUGUUUUGUCCUGGAUUCCAAUAAAAAUUAAGUUGCUUCCUCAA